AUGGCAAACAGAUCUGCUGCAUCCGGUGUUGCCAAAGCCGAGGAAAUUCGUUCAAGAGCUCCCAGAGCUAAAAUACCCACGUUUCUGGUGGAGACUGCUGACGACGACGAGUAUGAUGAGCAAGCCGACCCUGAUUUCGAACAAGACGACUCGGAAAUCCAAUCGGCAGACGAAUCCGAUCUGGAAUUGGUUUCUGCCUCAAGUAUAUCUGAUGACGAAGAACUGGGAAAAAGUUCCAGUUAUUCAAGACUUUCGGUGCUGGUUUCGUCUCCUUUUAACCGAUCCACAGCCGAUCUGCUGCUAGGGGCUCACAAGCGUUUUGGUAAGUUUGUCCACAAACACGAAGUCCCCAGAAAAGUAUUCCAUGUAUCGAUUGGAUUCAUUACCCUCUAUCUCUAUACACAGGGGAUCCAAAUACAGAGGCUAGUCGUGCCGCUUUUUGCUGGGUUCUUUGGUGUAUCUGCUCUGGACCUGAUCCGCUUCAGAUCGAAGCGGUUCAAUGACCUGUAUUGCGCUGCUGUCGGGUUUUUAAUGCGCGAGAAAGAAGUGAAUAGCUAUAAUGGUGUUAUUUGGUACCUUUUGGGUUUGGCGUUGGUUUUUGUUUCGCAGAAGAAAGACGUUGCCGUGAUGAGUGUGCUGCUACUAUCUUGGUCAGACACGGCUGCUUCUACCUUUGGUAGAGCUUUCGGCCACCUGACGCCAAAAGUGGUGGGAAACAAGUCGCUGGCGGGGUCGACGGCAGCAGCCAUCACUGGUGUCUUGGCUUCGUAUCUAUUUUAUGGAUACUUCAUUCCCCAUUACCCACAGGUGAAUGUAAACGUUGAUCUGGGCUAUGUGCCGGCGAAGAACCUGCUGAAUAUCCACGUCUUCAGCCUUCUGGCGGGACUCAUUGCUGCCGUGAGCGAAUCCAUAGACUUGUUUGGAUGGGAUGAUAACUUCACGAUUCCGGUGUUAAGUGGUGGAUUUUUCUGGGUAGUUUUGAAGUUGACUGGUGCUUAG